AUGGCCGCAGUCUUGUACAUCUCCCCGAGUGCAGCGGCGGACAUGCUUGACAUGCUCAUUGUGUCACCGGAGGUCCAAGACGUCUCGAAGCACAACAUUCCACCGAGGACUACCUUCGGUGCUGGCCUGUCAUCCGAAGUCAUGAACUGCACGUACCGGCCCGAUGUCCUCGUGCGAGAUGGCGUGAUGCUUCCGUGCUGGAAAUUCGACAGCCAGAAGGACACCGGCUUACUCUGGCGAACAAUCAGCAUCGUGGUUCUGUCAAACCCAAACUGCACUUCUGCUGUGUGGACGAUCGAUGCUUUUCGAUCUGCCUUAGUGACCGUUCCUAUCCUGCACAAGCCACAGCAGCUCGGGUCCACCGGUCCCCUGCCAAGAUUCAUUUCCUGCUCGUCCAGGUUCAUGAUCCCUUAA